AUGGAGGAAGCAGAAAUGGUCACUUUCUUCAUUCAAAUUCUAGAGCCAGAGUAUUAUGAACGUUUGGUGACAAUGGGUGGAAAAGCUUUUGCAGAAGUGAUCAAAGCUGGGGACAUGAUCGAAGAUGGCAUUAAGACAGGGAGAAUAACAAGUCUAGCGGCAUUGCAGUCUACUAGUAAGGCCAUACAAACUGGCGCUCUCGGAAAUGGAAAGAAAAAAGAAAAAGAAGCGACAACGGUAAUGGCUCUGAGAAACACCACAUACCACCAUCAACAACCUCCACGAUACCAGUCUAACGCUCUCCACCCACAAUAUUUUCAAUAUUCAUCACAUCCAUACAACCAAGCUUUGUCAUCUUACCAACCUCAAUCACCACAAAUUUCCUACCCCGUCUAUCACACACAACCAACAUACCGACCUCCACGACCACCAACAUACCAAGCUCCACCAUCACACUCUCAUCAUCCAAACAAUGCAUCCGCACCUCGCCCAAAUAGACCUUUCCGUAAUUUUACACCGCUAGGAGAGCCGUUAAGCGUUGUUUUUGAAAGACUGCAAGCUUCAGGCUUAUUAUAUCCUGUGGAAGGUAGAAUUCCGCAUCCACUGCCCAGAAGUUUUGAUCCUACUAAAACGUGUGCAUAUCAUUCGGGGGUAAAAGGCCAUGCUACCGAUCGUUGUUACGCAUUGAAACAUAAGGUUGAAGAUCUUAUAGAAGCAAAACAGAUCAUGGUCAAACAGCCGACACCAAACGUGGAUAACAACCCACUCCCGACACAUGAUGAGGCCUCGAUAAAUAUGAUUGGUAUAGGUGAAAAUGAUGAUGAUCCGGCCAAAUUUAUAGUGCCUGUGAAUAGCGUGGAAGAUCAUGAUCUUAUAGCCGUUGCUUCUCCGGCUAUAGUGAUAAGAGGUUUUGCACCUGCCGAGAUAUUAGGAGCUUCAUCAACACCUGUGGAGUUAGUUCAAGCGCCAAAUCAGUUGCCAGUACUCGAUACCAAAGCCGUACCAUGGAAUUAUCAACAAGCUGUGAUGGAAUGUCGAGGAAAAGAAACGAUCGCUGACAAGAGUAAGACGUCAGGAAUGACAAGGUCCGGAAGAUGUUAUACCCCGGAAGAGCUAGCUAGAUUGAGGCAAACCAAAGAAGGCGAUGUGCCUCCAAAAAGGGCUGUGACAGAAGCCGAGGCCGAAGAAUUUUUGAGAGGAAGAUUAAGGCCAAAUGCACUCUUGAAGAUUUUAAGUGAAGCAUGUGUUCCGACUGAAACAACUAGUGAGACAUUAGCUGGAAUGAUUGAGCGCGUGCUUGACAGUCAUCGAAUCAGCUUCGAUAAUGAGAACUCGCCACCGCAGAGAUGUAGUCACAACAAAGCACUCCAUAUAACUGUUAAAUGUCGUAACAUGUUUGUGUCUAAAGUGUUGAUUGAUGGAGGCUCUGGACUUAACAUUUGCCCGCUAGCGAGUCUGAAGAAGAUCGGAUAUAAUACUAGCGAGCUUAAGACAAGUGAUAUGAAUAUUCGAGCAUUUGAUGGGGCUCAAAGGCGUCCUAUUGAGAAAUAG